AGUGUAGUGCUACCGACUACUUGGAGUGUGUGUCGUAGUGUGCCAGUCGGUUGAGAAGUCGGCGCCGUUGUAUGCGUACGACUGCGGGUUGAGAGAUAACGCGAGUGAAUUUGCUGAAGCAAGGGUGGUGCUGUGUGCAGGUCGGACUGAAAUUACUGCAGCCCAUGUGCUCUACUUGUUAAAAUGCUUAUCAAAGAAUUCCGUGUCACUUUGCCCCUUACGGUGGAAGAGUAUCAAGUGGCUCAGCUAUAUUCCGUAGCAGAAGCAAGCAAAAAUAAUACAGGAGGUGGAGAGGGUAUAGAAGUGCUAAAAAAUGAGCCAUUUACGGAUUAUCCCUUACUUGGUGGGAAAUAUUCUUCGGGUCAAUAUACGUACAAGAUUUAUCAUUUAGCUAGUAAAGUGCCCGCUUUCAUUCGCAUUUUGCUGCCAAAGAAUUCACUGGAAAUUCAUGAAGAAGCUUGGAAUGCUUAUCCAUACUGUAAAACUGUUAUAACUAAUCCUGGAUACAUGAAAGAAAAUUUUGUAAUUAUGAUAGAAUCGUUUCACAUUGAUGAUGUUGGAAAUCAACACAAUGUUCACGAAUUACCUCCUGAUAAGUUAAAGAUAAGAGAAGUAGUGCAUAUAGAUAUUGCAAAUGAUCAGAUCGCGAAUGCCGAUUACAAAGAGGACGAAGAUCCGACCAAGUUUAAAUCUGUGAAAACAGGUCGGGGACCUCUUGUUGGUAAAGAGUGGAAGAAUAAUGUUCAGCCUGUGAUGACAUGCUACAAGCUAGUCACUUGUGAAUUUAAAUGGUUCGGUCUGCAAAAUCGCGUUGAAAGUUUUAUUCAAAAAUCAGAAAGGCGUCUGUUUACUAAUUUCCAUAGGCAAGUAUUUUGUUGGAUAGAUCGUUGGCAUGGUCUAACUAUGGAAGAUAUUAGAGCAAUUGAGGCGACUACAAAAGAAGAAUUAGAUAGGCAAAGACAUCAAGGAGAAGUAAGGGGUAUGCGAGCCGACGAUUGAAGCUUUGACAGCUUCUCUUAUGGGUGGUUAAAUCAAUUUCCUUAUAUGUCUCAGAUACAUGCGCAUACCUAUGGAAAUACACUCACAUACGUUUUGUCAUAGGCGAUCCUGCAGGAUCGGGACAAUUUCCAGGACUUACGUGUCUAGAUUCAGUGUCUAUUAAAACUACUUAUGAUUUUAAUUUAUUUACAUUUACAAGCGUUUUAGACAAAUGUACCUACAGUCAAAGAUUAUAAUAUAGCCAAUAACAAGAAAGAGAACUGGUACAAAUCGGUUCGAUCUAUAUGAUGUAUAAAAUAUUCAAGAAAAAGAGUACAGUCCGAUAAAAAUCAAUGUAGGUAGAAAAAGCAUUAAUUAUUAUUUAACACAAUAGUAGUUCGGUACUAAAGUUAAUAAACAAGCAAUCCAAGCUGUUUGCUACAGAACACAAACAAGAAUACUUGAUACACAAAUUGCGAGUUCGAUCAUAUCAAUAGCAAAUUCCAUGAUUUAUGUCUUAGACUUAUCGUGUUAAGGUUGGAAAACAAGAACAUUGUCGCACUUGAUGUAAUUUCUGCUCUUCUAACGAAUUUGCGCGGCAUAAUCUGAAAUUCUUUAAGCCUUAUACCAUGUACAAUAAUGAGAAAAAUUAAAGAAAAGUAUUUUAGCAACUCUGCAAGCAGAGACUAAUUUUAUGGCGAUUUACUAACGUUCGAUGUUAUCGUCAAAUUAGAUAAAACUACAAAUGGUCAGUAGACUAUAGCGGUUAUGCUUUUCUUACGUUUCCUGCAUUUGAUUGAAAGUUGAAAAGAACACUUAUGCAUCCAAAUUAGGACCAAAUUGAUAAAUAUUUAAUUAAUCUACGAUUCUAAUUAUUACAUUAACAUCAGUUCGUGAAAAGUAUGGAAGUAACAAUAUAAAAUAAUUAAAUUGAUAUACAUAUGUAUGUAGAAAAGAAAGAGAAGAGUUGGAACUGUUUCUCUGUAACGGCGGGUAAAACGUCGGAAAGAUGCGUUAUUGUAUAUAAAAAAAAAAAAAAAAGGCAUACAAUGAAAUUCAAAUUGAAAUGUUAUAUAUACUUAUAUAUUUUUUGCAUUCCAAUAGAUCUCUGUACAACAAACCGAAUUUAAGUGCGUAGUAAUGUUCAUAUCCGACAUGUUCGCUUAUGCAAAAAACAAAAAAACAAAAAGAAUUAUUCAUUUAAAACAUAGUUGAAAACGAAAUACUUGUCGUUUGCACAAAUUGUAUGUGUACUGUUACCUGUUAUACUGGGAUCUAUAAUGUAGUAUUUAAGAUAACAUUAGAGAGGCAACCUAGGCGAACUAAUUAUUGACUUCUGAAAAUCUCAAUGAAGGGAGUGUCAGAGUUUAUGCUGCUCAGUUGUGAUUGUUAGCAUUUAAGUUGAAUGCGCGAUCUCAUCGGAUUUCGAUAUUCAUGGGGGUUUUAAAAUAAAAUCUCAUUGUGAGUAUGUCUACCACCUCUGUGCGUUAGUAUUAAUUUACUAGCUAGUCUACCAGCUUUCUCUUCACGACAAGCGGGGUAGGAAUCUUGACUAAAAAAAACCCCUGUAACGUUGCCGAAGGGCUAAUAGCGAUGAAAUACUAAUAUGCAUAUGAAUAUGUAGGUAUGCAUAGUAUCUUUAUCUCUUGCAUACAUACACAUAUACAUACAUAUUUUAUGUCACAGAGUCAUAUGGGAAACAGAGGAACUAAUAAAAUUAGAAGUCCUAUUA